UUAUGUCUGAGUUGUAACAUAAACUCGAAAAUUUACGAAAUGGUAAAUGUGUAAUGACUGAAUAAAUAAUAAAUGAUCAUUUACAAAAAUGCUGCAAUUUACUUAAACUGUUAUUGGAAAGUAAAAAAUAAUGUUUAAAAAUAAUGUGUAUACAUUCGCCUUCCAAUAGGAAAGUUUUAGAGGAAUUAUCGAGUUAUCAAACUGAAAAUGGCAGAGCCAUAUAUGGAUGUGCAGAUGUCUGGAUUAUCAUUACACUCAAGAUACGAUAAUGGAAAAAUUAAGGCUAAUUAUACACACGAUUCAGCGCCUUCACCCAGUUCAAGUGCAUCUGAUGGCCUUGAACUAGAUUAUUACUAUUGUGAUAUUUCAAAGUCAGAGGUCAACGAGCUAUUGAUGGGGAAACCUGAUGGAUCUUUUCUAGUUCGGGAUGCCUCAACACCUGGCGAUUACACCCUGACACUAAAAAAAGGCGGUGCAAAUAAGUUGAUAAAGAUUUAUAAUUAUGUAGGAAAGUUUGGGUUUUCAGAUCCGUAUGAAUUUGAUUCUUUGAAGGAUUUAAUUGAUUAUCACAAAGUGAAUUCUCUCCAAUUAUAUAAUCCCUUGCUGGAUAUAAAACUGCUUUAUCCAGUUAUCAGGGAAGUCAAAAGGGAUUCCUUUGGAGAUGACACAAAACGAAAACAAGACUACAGGGAACUAGUGGACAAACUCCGUUGUGAGGAAAUGGAACUUGGGAACAUGUAUGACAAGCAGGAGAUUUGUUUGCGCGACCUCAGAGAGAACACAAAGCUUCUUGAAGCUCUGGAAACGACAGUCGCCGUAUAUACACAGCAGGUUGAGCGACAUCGCGAGCUCCAUGGGGAUGUAGCAGCAGGCGAUCUUUACAAAGUCCUAAAUAAUAACACCGCUCUUUUGGACAGAAAGCGAGAGAUUUGCGAGUACAAGAACCAAGUGGACCUACUACACAAGCAGAUUUUACAAGAGAACAGGAUAAUAACUUUGAAAAUCAAGGAUCAAAAGAAAAAUGUUUUAAAUCUGUUAACGGAAAAAAUGCGCAAACAAAGAUAUCUGGUAAAGACUGGGUUGUUGCCUCAUUCCGUGGAGGAGACAUGGUAUGUUGAAUGUACCCGGGACGAGGCUGAGAAACUUCUGAAGCACCCAGACCCAAUGGACCCUCACUACGGGCAAUUGUGUGACUCUGGAACAUUCUUGGUCAGGAAAGGGGUGAAAAAUGGCACGGAUUGCUAUGCCAUUUCAAUUGUUGCUGAUGGGAAGAUAUUGCAUAGCAAGAUAUACUUCGAUGAAAAACAUGGGUAUGGGCUAUCUGCGCAGGAUUUAUCACAUCCAUCGCUUACAGAUCUGGUCCUUCAUUACGAACAGGCGUCUGUAGUGAAAUUACCUCUAUUGUUUCCUUAUAAAAGCAUGGAAAGCUUUAAAUGGUAUUUUUAUUGAUGAUUGUUGCAAUUCUGUAUGCGAUCAGAUGUGUAUGGUCUGGUUUCCAAAUCAUUGUUAGUUUUACAUUAAAGAUAUUGUGCUAAAAACACUUAAAGUUACCUACUCUAUUUGUUUAACUAAUUGUUAUUUUAUGUAGUUUAUAUCAUGAACUCAUAAUUUAAAGAAUAACACAAAUGGUGUGUCAAACAAGGGUGGUCACCAUCAAAUCGUUUUUUUUAAGUUUUUAUAAAAGCCAUGGUGAAUAUGCUUAUGUAAACAGACUCAUAUUUUGCCCCAUCAUCUCAGUACAAUCCAACAUUUCCAAAUUAAAGGGGCCUUUUCACGUUUUGGUAAAUUGACAAAGUUUAACAAAAUAUUGUUUCGGAUUCGCUUUAGUUUCGUUGUAUUUAUGAUAUUUGUGAGAAAACAGUAAUACUGAACAUUUACCAUGCUCUAAAAUAUGCAUUAGAUGCAUCUUUUGACGAUUUAAAAAGCUGAAAAUUAAAAAGCGUUGCAACGCGAAACGAUUGAAUAAUUUGGAGA